GGUAAAAUAUUGCACAGACAUAGCCAUAGCAGCCGUAACAUCUGCUGUCCAGCUCCCCCCUACCCUGAACAGGGAUAAAGGAGUGUUAUAUUCUGUUUUUAGAUCCAUGAUCACGUUUUUACAUUUAUUAUUUACUAUUUUAUUUUUCACUUUUUAAAGUUUAAAGAUAACUAACUACGUUUUUAGUUAUCGUUUUUAAAUUCGGGCUGCAAGGCGAAGUAUAGACGAAUAUGUUCAGGGAUAUAGAACUGUUUUACUUGCGUUAAAGUCGGGAGUUUUUAUUUUCCAGAUUCAGACUGCGCAGAAGAAACAUCCGACCAUCAAGGAAUUUGUGAUAAAGUUUUCAGAAAGUAUUCUGUCUUUACGCGUUUACUGCCUGGAUAUGGCUUGGAUCAGAUGGGACCUCUUGUUUUCUAUAGGUUUAUUCAUGUCACCAGCAUUUGUGUCCACGGAUCAGAGUGGCUUUAGGAGAUACUACGUGUUGCAGCCAGGUCCGGGCGGGACGGACAGGGUACAUGUGAGUUCCAUUUCUUCGCGCUCCAGUGCCACAGGACAGCCCCAUGCCUACAAUGUGGAGCUCACGGCCAGUUACGGUAACCAGGUCCGAACCCGUAGGAUGGGCAACCAAGCGAACCCGAUCCCGCUUCGCCAGGAUACACAGUUUACUCAGCACCAGCAAGUCAUUCGGCAGACCAGCCACAACGUUCACCAAAGUCACCAAAUGAAAAUUUCAGGGGUGAAUGUCUGUGGAGGGCAGUGCUGUCACGGAUGGAGUAAGGCCUCUGGAUCACAGCGGUGCACCAAGCCCAAAUGCCUGCCCCAGUGCCAGAAUGGAGGAAUGUGUCUGAGGCCCCAGCUCUGUGUCUGCAAGCCGGGCUUCAAUGGCAAGGCAUGUGAACAGAAGACCAUGCCCACCUCCUCCAUCCCAGCGCAGCCAGGGAACGGCCACACCAAUGGACACACCAAUGGCCGUAGCAUAGUGCCCCAGAGGCCCAUUCCCCAGCAGGUGCCCAUCCCCCAGCAGGGUUAUGCCCCAGUCCCUGUCAGCAACAUGGCUCAGAUGACCCUGACCGUCAAGAAGUCCCCCCACCUUGUCCGACCCCAGCAAAGCCGACCUGGUAGCCAGCAGUUUGUCCUGAAGCCCAAGUACUACAACACACACACCACACACUCCCAGACUCGCGUCCAACACCAGCCUGACAGACCCAUUCCUCUGACGGUGGAACACAACCCUAUCCAUGUGGGGAACCACACAGGCCGGAUCAAGGUGGUCUUCACACCCACCAUCUGCAAGGUGACCUGCACGGGGGGCCGGUGCCAGAACAACUGUGAGCUGGGCAACACCACCACCAUCGUCAGUGAGAACGGCCAUGCCGCAGACACCCUCACCGCCCCCAACUUCAGAGUAGUGGUAUGCCAUCUGCCCUGCAUGAAUGGAGGGAAGUGCAGUGCCAGGGACAAGUGUCAGUGCCCGGCUACCUACAUGGGGAAGUUCUGCCAGAUGCCUGUUCAGAAUGGGAAUGGGCAGCAGCAGACAUCCCAGAUUCACUCCACUCACACUCUGCCUCUCACCUUCAGCAAUGGACAGAACCCUGUGAAAUAUGCCCCCAGCAUCGUGAACAUCCAUGUGAAGCACCCUCCGGAGGCCUCGGUGCAGAUCCAUCAGGUCUCCCAGCUGGAUGCCAAUGGGCAGAAGGUGAAAGGCAAUGGGCAGAAUGGCCACUCCCAGACCCAGUCCCACUACACCUACCACCACUCAGACAGCAGACAGAAGAUCCAGCAUCAGGGACACAACAUCAUCUACCCCAACCAGCAGAGCUACGUCCCCCAGUACCAGCCCGUCUCCUCCAAGAGCCAGCUGGGACGCUGCUUCCAGGAGACCACCGGCACACAGUGUGGCCAGGCCCUCCCUGGUCUCAGCAAGCAGGAAGAAUGCUGUCAGAGCAUCGGAACAUCCUGGGGGUUCCACAAAUGCCAGAAGUGCCCAAAACCAUCUAUUCCUCUGACAGGCGGAGGAUCAAGACGCGCGAUGGACUGCCCCCAGGGAUACAAGCGCAUCAACAACUCCCACUGCCAAGAUCUUAAUGAGUGCCAGCUGCAGGGUGUGUGUCCCAACGGAGACUGUCUGAACACCAUGGGCAGCUACAGGUGCAGCUGUAAGGUCGGCUAUAUCCCUGACCCCACCCUCUCCACCUGUAUCCCCGACACCUCUGCCGUCCACGAGGAGAAAGGGGCUUGUUUCCGAUUGGUCAGUUCGGGGAAGCAGUGUUUGCACCCGGUGUCUGCUCAGCUGAGCAAACAGCUCUGCUGCUGCAGUGUGGGCAAGGCCUGGGGCCCACGCUGCGACAAGUGCCCCCUACCAGGAACAGCUAAAUUCAAGGAGAUAUGCCCUGGUGGGAUGGGCUACACUGUCACAGGAUCUUACAAGCCCAAACCACCCAAUAAACUACCCAGCCAACCUGAGACCAUCAACAAGCCAAUGAUCACCCACCAAGAGCCUGUGGCCCCGCCUCUGCCCCUGCCGACACAUGAGAAACCAGUGGAGGCCUUGAGCGUCGCUGAGAGACAGCUUCCCUCUGUACCAGUAGCCACAGAUGCACCUGAGCAGGAGCUGGUUAUUCUGGAGGCUACUAGUAGUAGUCCAAUAGUUGAGGCCGAGGCUGGCCAGCCACAGCUCUCUCCCGGUGUCUCUACCAUGAGGAUGGAGCCGGCCUACAAAGAGGUUGUGGAGGAAAUGUCCCCCCCUGCUCCAGCCCUGAUCCUCCCCACCAACGCUGGCCAGGACAUCGCCCCUACUCAGUCAGCAGAGGUGGAUGAGUGCAAGGUGAACCCUCACAUCUGUGGCCAGGGGAUCUGCUACAACACUGCAGAGGGUUAUAGCUGCACCUGUAACGAGGGCUACCAGAUGGACGAGACACACACCACCUGUGUAGAUGUUAAUGAAUGCCUGGAUUCUGCAUCAUUGUGCUCUAACGGCCGCUGCAAGAACACUCCCGGCAGCUUCCUGUGUAUGUGCCAACCAGGCUUCAUGACAGAUGAGGAGGGAACCAGUUGCAUUGAUUUAAACGAGUGUCUGAACACCCACACGUGUCCUGAGGAUGAGUUUUGUGUCAACACCGUGGGUUCCUACACCUGUUUGCACUGUGACAGUGGCUACAGGAUGAGUCCAACAGGCCAGUGUGAAGAUAUAAAUGAGUGUCUGGACUUGGGUGUGUGUCCAUCCGGCCUGUGCAUCAACUUCCCAGGCUCGUAUGAGUGUGAUCUGUGUCCAAAGGGCUUCCAGGGCCAGGGAGGACAGUGUGUCGACGUAGACGAAUGCCUGGACCCGUCAACUUGUGCCAACGGGAGGUGCUCCAACUUUGAGGGAUACUUUGUCUGCUUGUGUCACGAUGGAUUCACACUCAGCUUAGAUGGACAAUCAUGCGAAGACGUAGACGAAUGCCUGGACCCGUCAACUUGUGCCAACGGGAGGUGCUCCAACUUUGAGGGAUACUUUGUCUGCUUUUGUAACGAUGGAUUCACACUCAGCUUAGAUGGACAGUCAUGCGAAGAUGUGGAUGAGUGCCAGGAUGAGCAGGUGUGUACCAGGGGACACUGCCAAAACACUGAGGGCUCUUUCCUCUGUAACUGUGGGCCCGGCUUUAGGGCCUCCCCGGCAGGGGACCAGUGUGACGAUGUGGAUGAGUGCCAGAAGCUGACCAUGCCCUGUGACAGGGUGGGCCAGUGUGUCAACAACAUGGGCUCCUACCACUGCAGCUGCCCCCAGGGCUACCAGCAGAUCAACGGCACCAGCUGCCUAGAUGUUGACGAGUGUCUGGACGACCCAGAGCUGUGUUCCCCACACGGGGAGUGUCUCAACGCUGAGGGCUCCUUCUAUUGCGUCUGUGAGAGAGGCUUCGCUGCCGGCCAGGACAAACACACCUGUGAAGACGUCGAUGAGUGCUCGCAUGGCACCAGGUGUGUUGGCGGCUCCUGUGAGAACAGCCAGGGUUCCUACAGAUGCCUGUGUGACAGUGGCUACCGCCUGCAGGCAGACACUGACACAUGCCUGGAUAUUGACGAGUGUUCAGAGUUGGGGCGGAGCAUCUGUGGGGCGUGGCAGUGUGAGAACAUGGAGGGCUCCUAUAGGUGUGUGGUGGACUGCCCCCCUGGACACAAUCAUGGCCCAGAGGGCAUCUGUAUGGACAUUGAUGAGUGCAACGUCAAUGCCACAGGGUGUGGCAGCCACGGCUUCUGUGAGAACAUGGUCGGAUCCUUCCGCUGCCUGUGUGACCGGGGCUACCAGGAGUCCCAGGAGGGCCUCGGCUGUGUGGAUGUCAACGAGUGUGAUCUGCUGAGCGGUGUGUGUGGCGAGGCCUUUUGUGAGAACGUGGAGGGCUCCUUCCUGUGUAUGUGCCCCGACGAGGACCAGGAGUACAACCAGAUGACCGCCAAGUGCAGUCCCGCUCCCACAGCCUCGUCAGUGGAGAGGAAGGAGUGUUACUACAACCUCAAUGAUGAGAACCUGUGUGAGAACGUGCUGACCAGCAGUGUCACCAAGGAGGAGUGCUGCUGUACGCUGGGGGCAGGCUGGGGGGACAACUGUGAGGUGCACCCCUGCCCCGUCCAGGGCACUGAUCAGUUUUCCCAGAUGUGUCCAGCUGGGAGAGGCAGUGUCCCAACCGGUGACACUGUGUUUGGAGUGACUGCAGCCGGGAGUUAUAAAGAUGCAGAUGAGUGUGCGUUGUUUGGCCAGGAGAUCUGUAAGGAUGGCUUCUGCUUCAACAGCCCAGGAAGCUAUGAGUGUUACUGUAAGACUGGCCUGUACUACGACGAGGUCAAGUUGCAGUGCAGAGAUAUUGAUGAGUGUCAGGAGGUGUCUAGCUGUGUGGAGGGAGUGUGUUUGAACACACAUGGCUCCUACAUGUGUUUCUGUACACACCCGAUGGUGUUGGACUCUGACAACAAGAGCUGUGUGAUCGCCCCUGACGUGGCAGAGCAACAUGGUGAGCAGACUGGCUACCAGGGUGUUUGCUGGCAGACGGUAACAGACAAUCUGACAGACAAUCUGACAGACACUCUGACAGACACUCUGACCUGCACCAAGCCCCUUGCCAACAGAAAGACCACAUACACAGAGUGUUGCUGUCUGUUUGGAGAGGCCUGGGGCAUGGACUGUACCCUCUGCCCCCUCAAGAACACAGAGGACUAUGCCUCCAUGUGUAACGUGGCAAUGAGUGGAGGACAGGGGCAUCCGUAUGGUCGCGAUGCCCUCGUGGCCGGGCCUGUCCAGGAGUACGAGGUCAGCCUGGACUACGAGCCUCACCCCGACCAGCCUGGUGCCCUGCCCCUGUACGAGGACGAGGAGAACCUGUCCGAUGCGUUUGAGGGCCUGAGAGCGGAAGAGUGUGGCAUUCUGAACGGCUGUGAGAACGGGCGCUGCGUGCGGGUACAGGAGGGCUACACCUGCGACUGCUUCGACGGAUACACCCUGGACAUGUCCCGCAUGGCGUGUGUGGAUGUGAAUGAGUGUUCUGAGCUCAACAAACGGAUGUCCCUCUGCAAGAACUCCAAAUGUAUCAACACGCAAGGAUCCUACAAGUGUGUGUGCCUGCCGGGAUACACCCCCUCUGAGCGGCCUAACUACUGCGUGGCCAGGGAACAGCGGGAGGCAGCAGUGGCCACAGAGAGGGAGUGAGCCCCCACAGCCACUAGAGGGAAACACAAAACACUAAACAAAAUACACUUAUUUAAUCCAAGCCCAUAUACUCUGCACUGUAUAAAAACACACUAAAGAAAACAACAAAAAUAAUUUACUUGAGAUAAAGAUCCAAUUUAACCUACUAUGUGGUGCCUGUGUGCAGAGGAGAAACACAGCAUUGUAUAAAAUGUAUGUUUGUUUUGUCUGGUUUUUGUCUGUUUUAUUUUUUAUAUUAAAAGGAGUUUAUGCGCGCUAGAGGAGCAUUCGCUCUCCUAAUGUAACGACAAACCCUAUGAACUCCUACUGGGGGAUAACGUUUUAUUUUCUACCCAGUCCAAAAUGCCUUGUGUGUGGAUAUUUAAUUGAGUGAAGAGGCCAGCCAUCCUUUCGUUUUCCCCAUUCUCCCUCUUCUUUCCAGCCCUUCUCUUCCUCCUCCUUGUGACUGCGGAGGACUGCUUGCCUGGCCAUGGAUGGACAGCCAUCUGAUCUUUGCUCUGUGGCUUCACACAAACAUACAGUAUGCACAUUACUGUAAUAGAAUGUUGUUCAUGUAAAUUCUUUGGAAUAAGCUUUUUUUCUAGGCAUUUUUUGUAUUAAUUAUAAAUGCAAACACAAAACUACUUCUGUGUCUGGGACAUUGGACAAUAGCAGGUUUUCAUUUUUUGGUUUUAUUUUGGGAUUUGUUUUUUGGUUUUAUUCUCUUGCCUGCCCUGUGGAGCAGUCAUAUUCCCUACUCUUUCAUUUAUUUUUUUGAGAUAUUGUUUUAUUUCUUUGAACAAAAAUUAAAUGAAGUUUUGCUUAAUUUUUCUUCAUACUUUAAUGAAAUAUUUUUCAGCAUUUUACUGCAAUGUGUAAAAGUCUUGCCAGGUUGCAAAGCUGCUAUGGGACAGCCGUGGGAGAAAUUUUGUACAUUUAAACAGAAGAGUUGAGAAACCAGUUUAUGUAUUUGUAAUUUGUACAUGAAAAAUAGCUCUUGUAUGAAUAUUCAUAUUACUAUGUAUAUUAAACCCCUGGUAAUAAAUCACAAAUGGUGAUAUUUAUACUG